AAAGAGACUACCUGGUGGCGGAUGCACUCCACCGGAAAUCUCUUCAUGAAUAACUGCGACUUGCUGGAUCCUGUACUGCAGUGAUAGCGUCGCGGCAGGUAUGACAGAAAUAAUGAUGCCGAAACCACCAAAACCAUGUACUGGAUCCAGAUGGCGGCCUGAGUUAAAAUGCCUUUGGGCGCUAAUCCUAUCGUAUCACGAACGGUGAAGCGCUAUAGGGACCCAAUGAUUGUAAUCCGUCAAGGGCUUAGCCACAAGGUUUGUCGUGCUGCUUUCUUAGGUCCUAAAACGCAUAGUUCAUGGCCAUCAACAUACAAGUGGCGGUGGCGGUUUGCAUCUACAGCGGUAGCCUUUGGUAGCCUAGCACCAUGUCAGCAGUAAUACACGGUGUCAUACACCAGGUCAUCGCAGAUAGCCGUAGUAUGUUCAGCGUCUUAAUUCAUAGAAGAGCACACUGUAAUACUUACGUAGUGGUCUUGAUGGGCG